ACAAAGAGCACUUUUUUAACGAACUGCAAUCUUUAGAAAUGGACUCGUUUUCCCUUUGGGAAUUGCAACUUGUUAUAAAUGUGCUGUGCGGAAUCCAGUAAAGAUUAACGCAGGAUCAGAGUUUCCAUAGACGCCUUUCCCCUCGAUCUCCUUUUCCUGCAGUGCUGGUGUAUUUCUCUUAAAUCCCUUCCCACUACCUCCGCUUUAGAAGCACCGGGCUCAUAACAUUUCUUUUCGACUUCAGGAAGCGCAGAGAGAUGGCGGGUGGGUGUGCGAUAGUUUUUCACAACUCAUAACACGUUUGCCUUAAAUGCCACACCCGGGGAGAGGGUGCUGUUGCUUUGUUGCCAAAUGUCUGCAACAAUGUAACUUCCGGGUUUUACACCUGCAGUUAGUUCCUGUGGUUAUUAAAUGCAACGUCGUAUUUAUUUUCCUUUGCAAAAUAAUCUAUCGAGCCCAUUUUGUUGCAGUCGAAAAACUUCGAUAUCGGUAUGCGCAAGACAAAGGAACAUUCGGUUGUAUUCAAGCAUUUCUUCCCGAGUUGCUGCGCCGGGCUUCUAUCAUACAUAGAAUAAUGAGGUCUUGUGAUAAACGAUUGGGGCCACGUGCAGCGGUUUCUAGCUUUCUUUUUUGAAAAACUUAAUUCGUUUUCAGUUUCAGUUAAUGUGGGACUGAAACUGACUAAAUAUUACUGCUUUAUGUCGACAGUUGAGGAACGUUAUGCCCAUAAUGGACAGAAAUGUAAGUCGUCAGCAGUCCCUGGAAUUGCACAAUUAAGACUUUUAGCCACUGAUCAAGGCAGAAAAAUGACAAGCAUCCCUGCAGCUGUAGAAAUCUGUCCCUACUGUAAAAAGCCAUUUAAGCGUCUCAAGUCACACUUGCCCCAUUGUAAGAUGGCAGGAAAUGUAUUGUCUGCUGUCAACUCCAGCAAAAUUUCUUUUCCUGUCCCAGUGACUGGUAAUUCUGCCACACCUGUAUUUUUGAAUACUCAGAAUAAGGUGCAUAUCAAAAAUACAGAAAUAGCCUCCAAAAAAGAAAAUAAGAAACGUAAACUUAGGCUGACAAAAAAUGAAGACAAAGUAAAGUUAAAUUCUGUUGAACAAAUCAAAAUGGUAGAAUCGACACCUGUCAGCAAUCGGCUUACACCAAGGCCAGGUGAAGAUACACAACAGCAAAUUAAGCAUUCCACUGAAAAACCAAAGAGAAGAGAAAAUGGCACAUCAAGAAUCCCAGGAGAAAAUCUAGCACGUGAACAAGCAGCUGAGAUAGUACUUUCAAAAACAAAGCUUUCCAAAAAGCUUCCCAGAGUACAGAAAAGCAGAAGUAAAAUUACCUCUGAUGAAGAGAAGUGUGUGUCUGGUAUCAUUCAAGAACCAUUGAUUCAGACUGGUAAAUCAAUGUAUAAAUCUCCUGGCCAGCUAAGUAAAGAAACAUCUGCAAAACAGAGACAAGCUAAGGAAGGAUCCACAAAGCUGACUAGAUCUGCCUGGGUGGAUUCCUCCAUGGAUGAUCAUCAAUCCAUUCCUGAAGGAGUUAAUGACAAAGUAAAAAGAGUGAUUGAGAAUCAUCCUGUGGAAGUACUGAGGGAAGGACAUGAUUCUUCUGUUCAAAAGAUCCCAUUAAAUAAAGCUGCCAUUGGCAACAAGAUGAGUCAUCAGCCUGUGGCAUCCUUGUUAGCCAAUGCUGAGAUCCCACUGGCCACUGAGAAGCAAAUUAUCACAGGAAUAGAGAACAGAAAGGGAGUUUUAGGUCUUGAGCUUGAAGGGAACACUUGGAAUGAAGAGACAGGAAAUUCUGUGACUACAGUUAAAGCUUCUGAUGACUGUUUUCUGAACAGCUACCAGAUGGUUGGCGAUGUUCCUGUUAAGUUGGCUGCAGGAAGAAAAAGUACAAUGGACGAAAAUCAGCUAUCUGUCAUUUCUCAUAAAGAGUCUCUGGGCUUUCAAAAUCCUAAACCGAAUCCCUGCCCCACAUUUGCAGAAACUUUUCAAAGAAGAGGCAGUGAUCAAAUAUCUAGCUGCUUCCUAACUUGUUUAGAAAAGGAUAUUACUUUCGAUUCUGGGACCACUGUGAUAACCAGAAGCAACAGCUCGGGGGUAUCUUUAAAAUCACCAGUUCAUAUGUUAGAAAUGACUGCUGUCCAAAGAUUAUCAUCUCCCAAGAGAGGCUUACAGCCAGGUUCUUUGGGACUGGAGUGGUUUCCAGAAUUGUAUCCAAAUUAUCAGAGCUUAUUUUCAGAGAAGAACCAGUGGAAUACCAGCAUUCCCAAAACCCAAUUUAUGAUUCUCCCUCAUGACGGUUGGCAAGUUCCGCUGACAGCAAGGCGCCUGAUGGACGUAAAGCUCCAAGAAUUACCUGCUUGGCUGGCUACUUGUAAUCCAUCUCCACGGGGGAUGCUGAGAGCAACAUGCAGAGCUUGGAAUGGAUAUUACAACCAUUACAUCAACGUGAAAAAGGGUGGAGUGGCUGGGAUCUCUAUGCUGCUGCUUGGCUACUGUGUCCUCAGCUACGUCUGGAACUACGAACACCUUAAACAGGAUCGCUGGCGUAAAUACCACUGAUGAGAGUGAAAGAAUGUGAGGCUGAUGGCAUGGUUAUCAACAACAACAACAAGCCUUUAUUGGCAUGGUGUGUUCAGACAGACGGUGCCUCUUUCUGGGGGUUUUGUUCCAGCAGCAACAACAGACAUUGAGGAAUGCUGCAGGGCAGCUUUCUUACUAAGGCAUACACAUUCAGUAUUUAUAUUUAGUAGCUACUUCAGUACCUUUGGACAUUGCGGAGAAGUAGGGAAGUUGUCACUUGUGGUCUGUUGGCCUGAAAAACGACACAUAGAGAAAAUGCUGCUGUACAUAAUACCAAGAUGGUUCCAAAUGCCUUUUGAUUGCUAUUAAAAAAGCAUCCUGCUCUCUUCUUUUA